UUUUUAUGUUGUGUGAUAAUUCAAUGAUAUCUAUACAAAUAUUGAAUGACUCAUAUUUUUUAUGUUUUUAUCAUCCAGUGAUUUUAUGUUAUAUGCUUUACUUAUUAUUGUCCGUUUUUAGAGAGAUAACAUGCCAUUCACGCUAUGCACGAGCCAGCAAUCUUGCUGCAUCGUUUUCUAUUCCAACUACAUUCUUCAUUGGUGGUGAUUUAAUAAAAUAUAUUCAAUUUCUGAAGGGAGACUUAAAAGAUCGCUGAUGAGAAGUACUUGCAGCUUUUGUGAAGUACUCUCGCGCGCACAGUGACCACGCUCGCGCGGUUAUCGCUUCCUGUUCAUAUUAUUGGUUCCUGUUCUUGACAUAUACCUAAUACCAACACAUGUCUAUGCCUAAUAAUACCACCAUAAACUGAAAAGGUAGCAUUUAACGCUGUCAGUGUUUAGUUAUCUGUAGAGAAAGACAGAGGUGAAUUUAUAACCGCCUCAGACAAAGAGCAACAUGAAUUGGGUUGGAGGAUCCCGGAGCAGGUAUGUGAAAAACAAAGAAGACUCAAUAAAACAGAGAGCGUUUUUUCAAAAGCAAAGGAUGAAGAGAAAGUCAAAUAUUAUGGACUCAACCCAAGGACAAAACUCUGGCAAUAUGGAUCUGCUUACAUUAUUCAUAGUCAACCAGAUUGCGUCAAAGAAAGAGCAAACCGGCAAACCAAAAAUAAACCGUUUGAUUGGUGCAAAAAGAACCAAAAAAGCUUUGAACGAACCCUUAGAGUUACCAAUGAGCCCUUGCUCUCCUUCAAAGCUGAACCUAGUCACCAGUCAGCCACAGUACAGUGCAGACACACCUGGUUUCAAAAUCAGAAAACAUUGCCUUUCCGAAGAAUUCAAGUUCAUGCCGGCAAGGAUGACUAGAAUGCUGUCUCCUGUGCUUGAAUCUAACCUGUCCGAUGUCAGUGGCUCAGAAAAUCAACAGCAACCAUCCUCAACUUCUGCUGACUCCUCAGAUCCAAUCCAACCCAAACCCACACCACAUGUACCCUCCCCCCUGCCAUCCAGGGACAAUCCUGAUAAUAUGAAGAAGAAUACUCCUCAGGAUGUGUCAUUCGCUCAACCAACAAAGCUAAAUAAUCCAUGGAAAGUUGAACAAGAUCCGCCACACAACAGCUCAGUGGUAGGAAUUCGGUUUGAGAGCACAUUACCAAACCCAGAGAUGGGAGAGCAUUCAGUGACCUCAGUUUUGUAUCCACUGAGCAGUGAACAACCGGAGGAGCCACUGUUCAUAGAUUUCAAGGGCAUAGAUUGUGAAGUGCUUGCCUCAAUGAGUUCUUGUGACAGAUCACAAAACAUGGACAAUGAUGGCCACUUUUCAACACAGGAAUUUGCAUCUACCGACUGCAACACAUCAGGUGCUGAUGGUAUAAAUGUCUUUGGGCAUGUUUGUGAGUCUCCCAGAAGAGUUCAUCUCGGCCCAGAGGACGUAAGACAAACAACUCCUGAAGAAAAAAUCGACUUGUGCCAUGCUGAAGAUUCUUUCAUAGCAAAGCACUGUUGCUUAUCUGUGAACAAUUUAACGGCAACACCUUCACAAGCUCCAUCCUGCAAACAUGAAGCAACAUCUUACUGUGAUUGUCAAAGUGAGGUAAAAUCCAGAGUUUCGGACAGUCUGAGUCAAGUGAACCUUGGACAGAGACACAAGGAAAAUCAGUUUGCACCUUCUAAUCUCCAGACUAAAGCACUAAGGCAUGAUGGGAAUCCUCCAAUAACCUUGGAUGCCGGGACACAAACAGAUGCUUUAUCUUACUGUGAUGUCUCAGUUCAGUGUUUGCUUAUUCAUCCCAGCAACUCUGUGUCUUUCCCCACUGUUGAUCACAAAACCAACGUCCUUACCACAGGGCGGCUGUCUUCUAAUUUUAAUCAGAUGCUCAAACCAACUACACUUAGUUCUCCAAAGGAUGGCCACAAAAGAACAGGAAAUAGGCCCUCAGAGGCAUCAGCAACAAACCAGCAGGCACCGAGACAUACAAAAUCACAAACCGGCAUCUCCUUCCGCAAACUUCGUAGUCAGAAGAGCACAAAAAGAGAUUUGGCAUCAGUUAGGCAGUAAGCAAAAUUACAUUUUGAAAAAUUGAUUGUUACUUCACUUCAAAUUUGAUGCAUGUAGGAUUGAAAAGCCAAAUGUGAAAAAACAAUAUUGCAUGUUAUAUGUCUUUAUUAUCUCCAAGUACAUAUUCAAGUUUUCAAAGUUCAUAUAUUUAGUUUUAUAGAGUAUAAAUCUAGCAACAGUACAGCAACAGUAAUCAAAUACUGUACAACACAACAUUUCUUACUAGUUCCAUAAACGGUAGAAACGCUGCAUUUUGUUUCACAUAAAAAAAAUAAAUAAAAUAAUAAUAAAAAAAAAUAAUACAUCCAUACACUUAAAACAGAUGUGUUCAUUGGUAAUAACACAAAGGGCUGUCCAUGUUGGAGAACCUCCCAAGUACAAUCUAAAAUUUAAAUACAUCUGGUACACAU